AUGUCACGCCUCACUAAUGGUGGCAGAAUCGUGCCCAUACUUACGGGCUCUGAUUCUCACGAUCCCACUCUCGAGGUGCCUGCUUUAGAUGCAUCUCUUCCUCCAAUUCAUCCUGCUUCAAUCUCUUCCCCACCGACUUUGCCCCGCCUGUUGCAGGAUCAGCAGAUUUCUAAAGCUAAGCACAUGCAACACGCGAGUUUGGAGAUGGCCUCUCUCCAAGAGAGAGGCCUUUAUGCACUCCCCACUGAGGGAGACGGCAAUUGUCUUUACUACUCCCUUUCCGACCAACUGUAUGGCGACACCCACCAUGCAGACGAAAUCCGCCAGCUUCUAGCCAAUCAUAUGGCUUCAAAUAAAGACUACUUCAUGCAAUUUGUAGUUGCUGAAGGCGGGGAGCGGCGCCGGCCGAAACGUGCAGCUGCAUCUGCGUAUGCUACUCGCUCUGCCGACGUCUCCGCUCCGACGCAGGAGGACAUGGAACGGCGGUUCCAGGAAAUGAUUGCUACCACCCGCAAGAAUGGGGAAUGGGGCAGCUCUGAGCAUCUCCAGGCAUUCUGUCAGGCCUUCAAGGUCGACUUGAAUGUAUACACCAUGGAUGGUGUUUCGAUAUUCCAGGAUGUCAAUGCCCUCCCAAGUCAAUCUCGGGAUGUUGUGCAUGUAGCAUUCCAUGAUUUCAAACACUAUUCUUCGGUGCGGGGAAUCGAGGGCAACCAUGAAGGACUUCUUACUAAGUUGAUGCCAUUUCAACCCAUCAAGGAGGCGAUUAAGCCCGAGGUCAUUUCAGACCCCAAACCAGACGCCGAUCAUAAACCAUUCACUUCAUCGGAAGAACAAGCUGUUGGGGAUUACACUAACGAUGCUGGCCUUGCUGUUGACCUCUAUCCCCCUUGGGAUAUCAAAUCCAUCCAAGAGGGAUUGGGGGGCCGAUAUGACCGGGAGACCAUCGUAGAUAUGCUCCAGAGAUGCCGUGGCGACAUCGAUCGCGCCUUCGCCGCGCUCUUGGACGAGAAGACAGACGUACCACUUGAUAAGAAAGCUGCUCCCGGGAUACCCAUCAAACCAAGCUUGCAGGCCUCGCGCUCCUCUUCCCCAUUUAGUACAGGGAGCAAGCGGUCCGCGGAGGACAGCGAUGAUUCCGAAGAUCCUCGUCCCGCAAGACGCACCAGACCUAAGAAACGCCUUGUAUCCAAUCUUACCUUGGGCGUUGGGAUCUCAUUCAGGGAUGAACACGACGAGGUUGUUUCCUUGAAUCUUCGAAUGAACUCUGACACAGAAGAUGGUCAGGCCACAGACCCCUCUCUCCCGGGUAACACCAACCCGGAACAAUCGGACACGGACGGAAAGAAAUGUCGUCGAAGUAGACGACUUUCCCGCCCGCGCCCGAACUGA